AAUAGAUCUCAAAACAAAGUGGAUUAUCGACAAACAGACGCGGUCUGGUUUACAUGUUACAACAGAUCGCCCACAAACAGGUCACUCCUACGUGCAGCUGCGAGCAGGAGAGAAGGCGAGCUAGUUAGCGUGCUAGCUAGCACCGGGAACCCGACCUACUUCGUAACCGCAGGAGUUACAUCACAGUGGGUCGUGGCCCACCUGGGAAGUACUGGCUCAAAGAAGCCAAAGCUUUCAAUUUCAUGCGAUCGCCAUUGCGAUAUUAGUAUGUCAAGUUGACCUGUCACACUUGGAGAGAUAACUAUAGAAAAUUAAACCACUUUGUUUGUCAAAGGAGCUGUCAACAAGGCAAAGGCAGCUGGUUUCGUCAUUCGUCAGUUUUGACACAAACGAAGAGUUAUGUCCUGUCCGUGUGCUUCAGCUGCGAGGUUGUUCCUAAAUAAAGCUCAUAGAGGCUUGUCCUGCUCCAUGCUCCAGUUUUAUUCUGUGAGUCGUCAUGGUUGCAGGGACGCUCAUCUGCCUCCUCGUGUGCGGGUGAGGUCCUUUUCCGAGACAUCUGUCUGCUUUGCCUCCAAAGAUGGCACAACCAAGGACAAUGGAAGUGAUGGUGGAAAGAAAAGCAUCAGUGAGGCCAAGAGAGCCUCAGGCUCUGGAGGAUCAGGGAAAGGGGGCAGCCAGCUCCGAUGCCCCAAAUGUGGAGACCCCUGCACACAUGUAGAGACUUUUGUUUCAUCCACACGAUUUGUGAAAUGUGAGAAAUGCCACCACUUUUUUGUGGUUCUGACUGAGACAGACUCUAAGAAAGGCCUAAACAAAGAGACUGAGUCUGCUGCAGAGGCUGUGAAACUGGCAUUUGCACAGAAACCACCUCCUCCCCCCAAGAAGAUUUACGCUUAUCUUGACAAGUAUGUUGUGGGCCAGUCCUAUGCUAAAAAGGUGUUGGCCGUGGCCGUGUACAAUCACUACAAGCGCAUCUAUAACAACAUCCCUACGGGCAGUCGCCAGCAGGUGGAGGUGGAGAAACAGCCCUCUCUGACACCUCGGGAGCUAGAGAUGAGAAGACGAGAGGAUGAAUACAGAUUCACAAAACUGCUGCAGAUCGCAGGGAUCAGCCCUCAUGGCAACGCUCUGGGAGCCUCCAUGCAGCAGCAGACCAGUCAGCAGGCUCCACAGGAGAGGAGGGGCGGGGAGGUCUUGGACUCCACACACGUCGACAUUAAACUGGAGAAGAGCAACAUCAUACUUCUUGGUCCAACUGGUUCAGGGAAGACGUUGUUAGCACAGACACUGGCCCGCUGUCUGGAUGUUCCCUUUGCAAUAUGUGACUGCACCACACUAACUCAAGCCGGAUAUGUGGGAGAAGACAUCGAGUCGGUUAUUGCGAAACUGCUGCAAGAUGCCAACUACUCUGUAGAGAAAGCACAACAAGGUAUUGUGUUUCUGGACGAGGUGGACAAGAUUGGCAGUGUGCCUGGCAUCCAUCAGCUGAGGGAUGUGGGAGGAGAAGGGGUCCAGCAGGGGUUGCUUAAAUUGUUGGAGGGCACAAUCGUUAAUGUUCCUGAGAAAAACUCCAGGAAGCUGAGAGGAGAGACUGUACAGGUGGACACAACAAACAUCUUGUUUGUGGCCUCUGGUGCCUUCAAUGGACUGGACAGAAUCAUUAGCAGAAGAAAAAAUGAAAAGUAUUUAGGCUUCGGAACUCCAUCCAACCUGGGAAAAGGACGCCGUGCAGCAGCUGCGGCAGACUUAGCCAACACCAGCGGCGAGACCGACACGGUGGCCGAGAUCGAGGAGAAGGACAGGUUGCUGAAGCAUGUAGAGGCGAGAGACCUGAUCGAAUUUGGAAUGAUCCCAGAGUUUGUCGGCCGUCUUCCUGUGGUGGUUCCUCUCCACAGCCUGGAUGAGGAGACACUAGUCCGGAUCUUAACCGAGCCACGCAAUGCUGUGGUACCACAGUACCAAGCUUUGUUUAGCAUGGACAAAUGUGAACUCAAUGUGACUCAAGAUGCUCUGAAGGCAAUAGCUCGCAUGGCUCUGGAGAGAAAGACUGGAGCUCGUGGCCUCAGAUCCAUUAUGGAAAAGCUUCUCCUGGAGCCAAUGUUUGAGGUGCCGCACUCCGACAUCAUGGUUGUCGAGCUGAACAAUGAUGUGGUUCACGGGAAGUCGCAGCCCAGAUACAUCAGGGCCCCGGCCAAAGACCAGACUGAAGAGGACUACGACUCAGGCAUCGAAGAGGAGAACUGGCCUCGACAGGCGGACGCUGCCAACAAUUGAACCACCUCAUCAUCCAUUUCACACCGUUUGCUCUAAUUGGUUAAGUGACUACCAACCUUUGGAUACCCAGAGUGGAUGUUCUUAGAUGAGCCCCACAAACAACAUAAUUAAGGACAUUUUAUUAGGGAUAAUGAAGGUGGUCGUAAUUGAGGACAUACUGUACAAGUGUAACAACCUUGGGUCCUGUUUGUCUGUCUGUGUGCGUGCGUGUGAGUGAGAUUGUAAUUUCCUAGCAGCACACUCACGGGUUGGACCUUUAUAAGAAUAUUUCAAUCUCUGGUGAUUGUUAACAUUUUAUCUAUAUAAAGAUAAUGCAUUUUUUUAUUCCUGAGGAUUUCUAGCUUGUUCAUUUUUUCUUUUCUUUUUGUGAUGGGUGGAAUGGGGAAGGAAAGAAAGAAAAAAAAAAAAAGACCACACGCAAAAGCAUGAUGAGCGCUCACAGCGUGUCGCAACCAUGCCAAGUAAUGCCUUAUAUCAGGAGGGCAUGAUAUUCCAUGAGCGCAUCAAUAUUUUGAUGAUAUUCUCUUUACUACCAUUGUAAUAAUGGUGUCCACACUAUUAGUACUAUAGGGCUGUAAACAUGGAGCAGUGUGGGAACCUGGAACAAGGAGAAACCGGUAUCAAGUAAUGGGGAGCUUUUAAACAGCCACAAUUAUUUGUUCAAUAACCCACACUUUAGGGAAUAUAUAUGUAUAUGUAUAUAUACAUAUAUGUGUGUAUGUGUAUAUAUAUGUAUAGAUGUUUUAUCACAGACUUGGACGGCUUUUUUUGCAAAAUAUAACAGGGUUUAAGUCAAUAAUAUAUAGAUUUUGAGUUUUAUGCGCUUAUUUCCUUUCACGUCAACAGGAUUUUUUAGGACACAAUCUGGUCCCCAAAGGACUUUACAGGUAUUUUAUUUCUGUGUGGCUCACCAUUGGAAACUUGAAUAUGCUGUUACUAAUUAGAGCUCUGUAGUCAUGAUGUUCUCCAGUUAAACCACGCUGCUUGUAUUCCUAAAACAUACUACGAUGUGAUUAAACUAGACAUGUUCUCUC